GCAGUCGUCAAAAGCAGUUCACGCGAAGCUGGUGCAUAGCAACAGGUCAGUGAGCCCUAUGCGCCACAGUAACAUUCAUCAGAGAACUAAGAUAGAAGCUCAUUGAUCAGAAAUGGGGGAUAUUGCCUACUUCUGACCUCACUUUGGAGUUUUUUUUCUGACUUACAGAUGAGCCUCUGGAAAAGAACAGCAUGACGUGAGUGGGCCAUGUCCAAAAAUGACAGCAUACGUCCUACAGACAUUAUUUACGUGGACAUACAAUGGGAUACUCUGCACUUGCAGGUUUCUGUGGAUCUGUCCGUACAAUGCAAUCAGAUUCCUACCAAGGCAAAAGCACAUUGCAGAGGAGAAAAGCAGACAGGUGACACGACAUGUGGCUUGUGAAAGCAAAGUGACUGCAACUAUCCCAGGGAGCCCUGACCGCGUUAACGCACUGCACAAACGAGUGACCAAAACCGAGAGAGAGAUCCUGUCGAUCAAGACCAGAUUCGCCUGCGAGCGAGCAUCAUGGGAAAAGAGAUUUUCCGAGCUUCAAAGACAACAGGAAGAGUUGCGUAAUCAGGUUUUCUCUGAGGCUGAGAUUCUGCUGAAAGUGGGAACCUAUGAGGGGCAGAGGGACAAUGGAGAUGAUUUGGAUGAGCAGUCAAGUGGUUUCUACCAACACAAAAGAUCCAAAGUGUCAUCAAGAAGUGACAGCCACCCAUGCAGUUUGUCAGGGAGCCAGGGAUCCUUGUCAACCCCACUGAGCUCAAGAUCUUCUUCUUUAUCUUCAGCCUCAAGUGUGCAAUCCUGGAAAGCUUCUCACGGCCCACAUCGGGUUUUUGUCCCUCACUCACCAAUGGACUUGCAACUGGGUCACCGGGUUAGGAUCAUGCUGCCAUCUGGCCGGAUCAGCACGGGGACAGUUCGUUUCCUGGGCCACCUGCAGGGGGAGCCAGAGCUGCAGCUUGGUGUGGAGCUGCAGAGUCAUGACGCCUCACUGUGUGACGGCACGCACAAUGGACAGGCAUACUUUGAAUGCAAACCGGGACAUGGCGCCUUUGUGCCAUUCCACAAGCUGCUGAUGGCCUGGGAAUAACAGAAGCCCGUGUAUCAGGAAGAGCAUUAGACACAGCAGUAAGCUAGCUAUUUGGAGAAGGUAGUUCAUGUCAAAGGUAACAUAUAAUUCAAUAAAUUUCUAGAAUGACAUAUAUCAUAUGUAUGACAGCUAACAUGUAACAUUUGUGUAUUUUCAAAGGAGAGAUUUGAAAUCAAUAAUUUUUCAUGUAAAGCAAUUUUUUUUUUAAAGAAUCUGGUUUAAAGGCAAUAUGUAAAGGUUAAGAUGAAAAUAAAAUUGUUUUACACA